AUGGUCUCCUUGUUCUCCAAACCAAUCUCUUCUGAUCCACCUCCACAGAUCUACGCCAGGGUCCAACACAACCAACCGCCAGUAGGAUCUCAGGUGUGGGGUCCCAUCCAGACCAACAAUUGCUUCAACAAUCUCUUGUUGGACAACCAAUCAUGGCCUGUUUGGACUCUACCAUACCUGUUGUGGGUAGCUAGGGACGGAAACUCAGACCAUGGUAUGUCGCUUAACCACACAGAAAGAAACCAGAUCGUUUUUGGUCCGCCAGAGAAGAACCCUCCACAAUACUACUUCAAUCCUCCGAAGAUCAGGCUGUUCACAUUUACUGGUCCAAAUUGGAAUAACAUCGAAUCGAAUGUGGUUAGCAUAUCGAAAUUAUCCGCCACAGUCAAGAUAACCAGGGGAGAGGCGACGUUAGUCAUGCCGCUCGUCCUCGGUAUGGGCUUUGUUACGGGAACUUAUUACAAUGAGACACCCGUCAUUAGCUCUUCUGUUGGGGUCCAGGAAAUGCGCCAAGAGGGUUUAGUCAAUGGCCAAUGCGCCAAGUACUGGAUCAAAUUGUUUGACCAACGAACCUGGACCAUUUACGUCAGCGAGGAUCCAGGCAAUAUGUUGAGUCUCAGCGAUAAUAAUCAUAUUGUGGCCUCCCGCCAGUCAACCAGAAUUACUAUCCAGAUCUGUAAGGGCGACUCUUUAGCAUUCGACUCAGUGUGUGGUAUCUAUCCUCUUACUGCUACGAUUUCCGGUGAAGUGGAUCGAAACUCCAGAGUUGGUAGAUAUUCUAUCAACUACUCAAACAAUGGGUUCUCCUCGUCAGGAAAGGGUCUUGUGUGGGCUCUUCCACAUCAAUACUCAAGCUUUGCGCCAAAUGUACUGGCCACAUUCACUGGCUUGACGUUAGAUUCUGCUACAAAUGGUGUGAUGAGGGGAUACAACACCGAUUCCCUUAGCAUGGAGCUUACCGAUCUUCCUUUCGAUAUUGGCUUUGAUCCAUGGACAUCUGUUCCAGGCUUCGGUUUCGACUGGAACAAUUACAAUGACGACGUCAAGAACAUUAUUCGGGAAGCAGCAAGAACAGAGGCUCAAGACGAUAUACUCGGCAAAUGCGAUCUUGACCUGAUGUACUUUGGAGGAAAACAGCUCGACAAGUACGCCUACAUCGCUUAUGUCGCCCACUCCAUCCUCGGUGACCAAGACAUUUUAAAUAGCGUCUUACCAAGAGUGAAGUUGGCUAUCGAGAAGUACGCUCGGAAUUUCCAGAAGUAUCCUUUAUGUUAUGAUGAUACAUGGAAGGGCGUGAUUUCAACGGCAAAAUCCGAUGCUGACUUCGGAAAUUCCAAUUACAAUGACCAUCACUUUCACUAUGGCUAUCAUAUUCAUGCCAUUGCCCUUGUUGCUGCCAUCGAACCAGAAUGGUUAUCGGCAAAUUCUAAUCUAGUGAAGGACUAUGCCUUAACUCUUAUCCGUGACUAUGCAAACCCCGUCGAUAACGAUCCAUACUUCCCUCAGUGGAGAAAUUUUGACUGGUAUCACGGUCAUUCCUUUGCCCACGGCAUUUUCCCAAGCGGUGACGGAAAAAAUCAAGAAUCAUCGUCGGAAGAUUACCAUUCUGUUCAUGCUCUUAAAUUGUAUGGUAUGGUGACUGGUGAUGAAGAGAUGGAAAUGUCAGCAAAUUUGAUGUUGGGAAUCAUGCGAAACUCGAUGAAUCGCUACUACUUGUAUCUGGCAGACAACGAGGAUGAGCCAGGUCCCUUCAUCCAAAAUAAGGUCGCCGGUAUUUGGUUCGAGAACAAAAUUGAUUACGCAACCUUCUUUGGCAGAGGUACUAUUGGUGAUGAAUUCGUUCAUGGCAUUCAUAUGAUUCCUGUCACGCAAGUAUCAUCAUACAUCAGGGGCCCAACCUUCGUUGCUGAAGAAUGGAAUGCAAAACUAGCUGGUAUUGUUGACAGAAUUCCUAAUGGAUGGAGGGGACUUCUCAAGCUCAAUCAAGGUCUCUUCGACCCUCGAGCCUCGUGGCAAUGGUUUGCUGGAGGAGACUGGAAUAGAGACUUGAUUGAUGAUGGUAUGUCCCGUACAUGGUCUUUGGCUUAUCUUGCAGGAAUUGGUGGUGCUAGAUAG